AUGGACAACGCGAGCUCCACGGCAGACUUCGUUCUCCUGGGGCUCUUCAACCACACGCGAGCCCAGCAGCUUCUCUUUGCACUGGUCGUGACCAUUGCCUUCACCUCCGUGGUGGGCAAUGCACUCAUGCUGCUCCUGAUUGCCCGGGACCGCCGGCUCCACACGCCCAUGUACUUCCUCCUGAGCCAGCUCUCCCUCAUGGACGUCAUGCUGGUUUCCACCACGGUGCCCAAAAUGGCUGCCGACUACUUGACCGGAAGGAAGUCCAUCUCCCGCGUGGGGUGUGGGUCCCAGAUUUUCUUCUUCCUGACCCUGGCCGGCGGGGAGAGCUUCCUCCUGGCGGCCAUGUCCUACGACCGCUAUGUGGCAAUUUGCCACCCACUGCGCUACCUGGUUCUCAUGAGCUGGCGCUUAUGUCUGCAAGUGACCGCGGGGUCGUGGAUCCUGGGGGCUGCUGACGGCCUCCUGCAGGCUGCCGUCACCCUGAGCUUCCCGUUUUGCAGGUCACGCGAGAUCGACCACUUCUUCUGCGAGGCCCCUGUGCUCAUGCGCCUGGCCUGUGCCCACUCGUCUGUCUUUGAGUAUGCCAUGAACAUCUGCUGCGUGUUGAUGAUCCUCGUCCCCUUCUCCCUCAUCCUGACCUCCUACGGCCUCAUCCUGGCUGCUGUUCUCCACCUGCGCUCCACAGAAGCCUGCAAGAAGGCCUUGGCCACCUGCUCUUCCCACCUGGCAGUGGUGGGACUCUUCUACGGAGCCACCAUGUUUGUCUACAUGAGGUCCAGGUCCUCCAGGUCAGCCAGCCAUGACAAGGCUGUGUCGGCCUUCUACGCCAUCUUCACGCCGGUGCUGAACCCCCUCAUCUACAGCCUGAGGAACAGCGAGGUCAGGGGCGCCCUGAGGAAGUGUGUGGCUCAGGGCAUCUCCCUGGCUGGCAGGAUUCCAUCCCUCUGCCUCGGCUUUUGUGUCUCAGCAAAGUGA